AUCGGCCAUCGGUGCCUGGUUUGGCAGCACAAAACCCUAGUUUGCAGCACAGAAAGAGAGGAGAGAGAGAGAGAGAUGGCCGAGGAAGCCGUACUGGGCUUCCUGGAGAAGCACGGAGAGAUCUCAGACUCAGGCGAGUUCGCUUCCGAACGGGGAAUCGAUCACCAAGAACUCACUAACAUCAUCAAGAGCCUUCAUGGUUUUAGACUCGUCGAUGCUCAGGACAUCAAGAGGGAGAGAUGGGUACUUACUGAGGAAGGGAAAACAUACGCUGCUGCAGGAUCACCAGAAGUGCUGGUUUUCUUGGCCAUACCGCCUGAGGGCAUCUCACCCGUAGAAUUGCAGAGCAAAAUAGACCCUUCAGUUUUCAAAAUAGGCCGCUCACAAGCAAUAAAGAACCAAUGGGUGGAGAUGGGAAAGCAACUAGUUACUAGAAAGGUUUCAAAUGUACAAGACAAAGUUCAGGAUUUACUUAUACGGGUACAAAACGAGCAGGGCAUUGAUCCAAAAGAAAUUGAUGCUCUCAAACGACGAAAGCUCAUUGUUCCCCAGACUUGGAAGGGCUACUCAGUAAGGAAAGGUCCUAAUUAUGCUCCAAAAAGGAAAAAAUUUGCCACUGAUUUGACUCGAGAUAAUCUGCAAAGGGGAGAUUGGAAGGAUCUGGAAUUUAAAGAAUAUAACUUCAGUGCUAAAGGUCAGCCAAUUGAAGGUGGUCAUCUCCAUCCAUUGCUCAAGGUGCGACAACAAUUCAAGAUGAUUUUUCUUCAAAUGGGAUUUGAGGAAAUGCCCACAAACAACUUUGUUGAAAGCAGCUUCUGGAAUUUUGAUGCAUUGUUCCAGCCACAACAACACCCAGCUCGUGAUUCUCAUGAUACAUUCUUCCUGCAAGUCCCUUCCAUGACAAAGACUCUACCUGAAGAUUAUGUUGAGAAGGUGAAGCGUAUCCAUGAGUCUGGUGGCUAUGGGUCCAGGGGUCAUGAAUACGAUUGGAAAAGGGAGGAAGCAAACAAAAACCUUUUGCGAACUCAUACAACUGCUGUUUCUUCGAGGAUGCUCUACAUGCUUGCACAGAAUGGUUUUGCACCCAAAAAGUACUUCUCCAUAGAUCGUGUAUUCAGAAAUGAAGCUGUGGAUCGAACUCACCUUGCAGAGUUCCACCAAAUAGAAGGGCUCGUAUGUGAUCGAGGUCUUACUCUUGGUGACUUGAUUGGAGUUUUCUAUGACUUUUUUACUCGUCUUGGUAUGUCAAAGUUGAAAUUCAAGCCUGCUUACAAUCCAUACACUGAACCCAGCAUGGAAAUUUUUGGUUAUCAUGAAGGCCUAAAGAAAUGGGUGGAAAUUGGAAAUUCUGGCAUGUUUAGACCUGAGAUGCUGCUUCCCAUGGGACUCCCAGAAGAUGUCCGGGUUAUUGCAUGGGGCCUUUCCCUCGAAAGACCGACCAUGAUACUCUAUGGGAUCGAUAAUAUCCGGGAUCUUUUUGGUCACAAGGUUGACCUUGGCCUCAUCAAGAAAAACCCUCUAUGUCGACUAGGCAUAGAGUAGUAUCCAAAAUGUUUCUUUCCCUUGUUCACAUUGUAAGUGCUUUUGCUUUUGCCCCUUUGUGGAAAUGAAUUACAAAUUGACACCCCUGUUAGGUGACUAAUGCAAGGGAACACCAUUUUUUUAAAACAAGGCAUUGGCUCUUGUAUCUAGACGAUCAAAUGUCCAGAUUAGAUUGAUAUCUACCUUCUGGGUUUUACUUGACGAACAGUCUACAAUGGUCCUAUGAAAAAGAUGGUUCACUUUA